AUGCCGAAGCACGUGAUGAAAUAUCGAGGUGCUGACACUUGGCCAUCUCCCAAACGAGGCAAAGCUCGAGCGCAUGUGAAGCGGCCAGCUGCCAAGACUACCGCCAAGAAGUUCAAGCCAGUACCCUAUGUGCGCCAUGCAGGAGUUCAGAAAAAGUUCCACAAGGAGAGGAUGCACUUUGGCGUGUCCAUUCCAAGCUUACUCUCCAUGCGGUCCGAGGAAUUGUUCCGGAAGCUCAGAGCGGAUGGCAUUCUUCCCAAGUGGGAAGGACAGACGUGUCCUCACUGCAGCAUUGGAAAGCUUGGGGGACUUCAUUUUGUGAAAGGCCGACGAUCUUGGGCGCACAAGUGCACAGUCCAGGGCUGCCGCAAGUACGUGCAGCCUCAUGAUUUCCACCCCAUUUUCUUCUCUGUUUCUGGCCAAAGCCAUACACCUCUGAAGAACCAGGCAGCUGUCCUAUGCUGUGCUCUGGCAGGUGUACCAGUCACGUCAGUCCCCAUCAUUUUGGAGAUGAACCACAAACCUGUGGAACGCAUCUUCAAAAACCUCGAGAUUGCCCGUGAUCAGCACGCUGACGAGGUUGAUGUGGGCAAGGAAGUGGAGAUGGAUCAGAAAAGGGCUCGCUGGGAGCAGUGGGGCGGCCUCGUGGAACGUGGACGUCCAGACACACUAGUGCUUUUCAGGCUUUUUCCCAAGACAACUGCCAGUCGAUCACCUGGACCAGGUCCAAUCACCAAGCGAGACUGGAAGCCUGUGGCCAAGAAGUUCCUUGAGGGAAGAGAUGUCAUUUUGCAUACUGAUGGAGCUAAGGCAUACACAAUGAAGAUCGAAGGAGUACUCCAUGACAAUGUGGUGCACAAAAAGAAGAAGAUGACAGUGAAUGGCAAGCAGGUCUGGGUGAAUCCAAAGUACACCAAAGUGUGGACGCACCAACUGCCAAAUGGCAAGGCUUUGAAAGUCAAGGCUGGUACUCAGAUCAUUGACAGAUUCUGGGGACACCUGCGUGCUUAUUUGAAAUAUGCACCCAGGAAGGUGGGUUCCAUUACCUUGGCCCGCAAAGUCCGAGCUGCCCAGUGGACAUACUGGCACAGGACCCAGAAUAUGUGGUCAGCCACUGGGCACAUGUUGAAAGAGCUGCGUUCCCGUCGACGGCCCUGUGUUGUGCACCGAAAUCUUGAACAGGUGGCUCCUUUUCUGCCGGCAACCGUUCUCAGCAUUCUCUUCUGGGAGCUGGCCACCGUGACCUGGCAUGUCGACCAGCGCGACGCGGUCGGCAUGACCGAGGUACACAGUGGGGUCCAGCUCCCAGGAGGGCAGGCAGUGGUGGUGGUCUUCACCUUGGUGCAGAUCGCCCUUGUGUACGAGGACGAAGAGGAGAAUGAAGUGAGGCAAGUAGUGAGGGGUGACGUUGAGGAGGCAAGUAGUGAGCGGCUGGAUCAGCUGCAAGUCAUGGUGGCCACCAUUGCCUUCGGCAUGGGAAUCGACAAGCCUUCCAUUCGCCGGGUGAUCCAUUAUGGAGGUGUCCAAUCCCUCGCGCACUUCAUGCAGCAAUGCGGCCGUGCAGGGCGCGACGGCGAAGACGCAGAGUGCAUCACGUUUCACCGCGCGCAGGACGCGCAGGAGAUACGUAAUGUGAUGCUUCACAACGUGGAGACCUCCUCGCAAGCGUUCCAGCAGAGGCAGCUGGAGUUGAACAACGAAUUGAACGCCUACUUGGCAGACUCCAGUCAAUGUCGACGGGUGGGUUUCCUGCGCCAUUUCGGCGAGCAGCCGAAGGUGAUCUCGGCCGGAGAUCCGUGGGCGAAGGGCGAACGCGGCGAAUGUGUCAGGGUCGGUGAAACAGGCGAGCCAAACUGCCAUUGGUGUGACGUUUGCCUCAACCCGAGGAGGCAACCCAGCGUCGCCAGCGAGGUGGACUUUACCGCAGAGUGUCUGAUCCUACUGGACUGCGUCUUCGCCUGUGGCGGCUUCACGGGGCGUGGUGUGCCGCUGCAGGUGGCCGCGGGGCACAGUAGCCAGCAGGUGAGGUCCAAGAAACUGCAUCAGCAUCGGGCUUUCGGCAGUGGCGGAGCCAAGUCACAUAGCUGGUGGAAGGCGUUUCUGCCGCAUGUGCUGCAGAGAGGCUUACUUCAAGAGAAACCUGCGAGGCUGGCAAGUGGUUUCAGCUAUGCUGCCAUCUCCCUAUCUGAGGCUGGACACACCAUGCUGCAGACGCGAUGCGGAAGCUUUCUCAUGUGCCCGGUGCCAGAGGAUUUGAACGUCGAUAAGGCUCCGGCGCCGUCACCCUCCGUCACCGUGGUCCGUUCCUCCGGGGUCCUCUGCUCUGCGGCGCCGACGGCGUCGGCGCUGGAGGAAAAGGUGCAGCUGCUCUACCGGCGGCUGUCGCAUGUGCGACAGCAGUGGAUGCGACGGUUGAACAUCAUGGGCGAAAGCAUCAUCUCCAACCCCUUGCUACGGUCCUUGGCGGAGCAGCGUCCCCGCAGUGUGGCCGAUGCCCAGCAGCGGGUGCCUGGGCUGCCGCAGAUGUUGCAGCGGGAGUUGGGCCAACUACUCCAGGCCCUGGUGGAGGAGAUCAAUACGACCUGUAAAGACUUGUCCCUGCCGCAGAGCGAACAGCCCGCGGAGAAAGAGACAGAGAUGACGCCGAGGGCAGAUGCAACCAAGCGGAGAUUGCCCUGGGAUGACAGCAGCGUCAAUGUCAAAGUCUUACGAUCUUCAGUGCUGGCGGCUCCUACGGCUCCUACGGCUCCUACGGCUCUUACGCGUUCAGAGCCUCAGCAAACCCAAAGAUCGCCUGAAAGUCCCGCAACGGUCGCAACGAAGGAGACAUCUGAAGCACAAGAUGAUUGGCUGAGCUUGCUCGAAAUGUGA